AUGAACAAUUUAACGCCGAAUCCAAUAGUCAACUAUGAAACUUUCAUAGGUGUAACUUGGGGAUGUACUGCAAUUUCGUUACUUUUUGUAACGUUCAGAAUCUUUGUUAGAAUUCGAACCUUCGGACGUCUUUCACCCGAUGAUUUCUGUGUCAUUAUGGCCUGGCUACUCCUUCUUUGCUGUGCAAUUAUUUGUCAGAAGAUUAGUCGCGACAUGUAUGAGAUGCUUGGGGUUUUGAACGGAGUCCUUCUCCCUCCACCGGAAGGAUUUGAAAAGCAUGCCGAGAGAUUCCUUCGAGGCUCUGCGGUCGUAUAUGUCCUAUACUACUGUACAUUAUGGCUUAUCAAGAUAUCUUUCCUACUAUUUUUCGGGCGACUUUUGGAGAACGUGGACUCCUAUGUCUGGCCACGACGUAUUGUAGCCAUAGUUGUGUCUGCAUCUUGGAUGAUAUGCAUUGGGACAAUUCCCUAUUCAUGUUUGGUUCCAAGUUUUGAAAGAAUUUCAGCCACAUGUCUAUCUCGAUUUGCAAUCAGAAUCCAACGCUUUGCAUUGGGUUUUGGAUGCGGACUGGACGUCUUGACAGACGCAAUGAUUUUGGCUAUUCCUAUCAGUAUGCUGUGGACUGUACGCUUGAGCCGAAAGCGAAAGCUAGCAUUGGCUGGUAUUUUCUCGCUCGUCAUCAUAACGAUAAUCUUUUCCAUCGUUCGCCAGUCUGCUGUAAGCUCGUACUCGCAUCAAUUUGAGGAAAGCUGGCUUUAUACGUGGAGUCUCGUAGAGCAGACUGUUGCUAUCAUAAUUGCAUGUCUUGCUUCUUUUCGAUCUUUAUUCGCCCGCAACAACCACGUGCAACCGACUCCUCCAAAUCCGUCUGAAAGGUACUCGGUUGAGGGGAAUAAGAAGAACAAAAAGCGAUAUUUUCAUAUCGACUUCAGCCUCAUAUCUGGCUUAACAGCUCCACCUACAGAUGCAGACAUAAUGAAGACAACCUCUAGUGCUAAUGAAUCAGAAGAUAUAGUGCUUCACCCUCAAAACAUUCAUGUACGACAAGACGUGGAGCAAUCUUCCGAGUCGCAGGUCUAA